AUGGGGAGCAACGACCUCAAUGGGGCCACCCAGGAUGGCCUCCGAAUUUUGAUUGUUGGAGCUGGUAUUGGCGGCUUGACUGCAGCCAUUGCUCUUAGACAACAAGGCCAUCGCGUCACCUUGUUCGAGCGAAGCCGCUUUGCGAAUGAAAUCGGAGCGGCCAUUCACAUCUCUCCAAAUGCCAACAGUGUCCUUUUACGGUUGGGGGUGGAUGCGACCAAGUUCGGGGCGGUCGAAACAGAAAUGCUUCGCGAGCGGUCACCCGACGGCAAGGUUCUUGGAAUCGUUCCAGUGAAGAAGCUCGCUAGCAUGUGGCGACACAAAUGGCUUCUUGUACACCGCGCCCAUCUCCAUGAAGGUCUCAAGGCUGCAGCUCUGGCACCAGGCUCCGGCAUUCCCGCUGAGCUGCACACCUCUAGCAAAGUCGUUGAUAUUGAUCCACACCGUGCCACACUCACACUCGCGGACGGACAGGUGGUUCAGGGGGACGUGGUCAUCGCCGCAGACGGCGUACAUUCCGUUGCACGAUCCAAACUGUCCGGCGCCAGCAACAUUGCCCCCUACAACUCGGGCAGGAAUGCAUUCCGAUUCUUGAUGUCACGCCAGGCGGCACUGGACGACCCUGAAACUCGGAAACUCGCACAGGAUCGCGGUGUGGUCGACAUGUGGGACUCGCCCGAUCGCAGACUGGUCAUCUAUCCGUGCCAGAAUAACGAGAUCCUCAACUUCGUCUGCCUGCAUCCCAGUACAAUGACUACCAUUGAGACAGGCACGGACUGGAAUCAGUUGGCUGGCAAGGAUGCUUUGAUCGAGGUGUACAAGGACUUUGACCCGCUGCUGGUCAAGCUGCUGGGUAAGGCGGAGGCCGAAACGCUGAGAAUCUGGCCAUUAUUAGAUAUGGACACGCUUCCCACCUGGGUCGAGGGUUCAAUGGCUGUCAUUGGAGACGCUGCCCAUCCUUUCUUGCCCUAUCGUGGCUCCGGAGGAGCCAUGGCUAUCGAGGACGGCGUAUCACUUGGUGUUAUGCUGUCCAAGGGUGUUCAGCGGCACGAGAUUCCAGAGCGCCUGAAGCUCUAUAACCAAGCCCGCCAUGAGCGAGCAACUACCAUCCAGCAAAUGACACGGGAUUCCGCGCAUGGACCGCUGCCACCACCUGAAUCUCAAGCGAUAGUGAACUAUAUCUACGGCCAUGACGAGUUCGAUCAUUCCACACAGAUUCUGCGCAAGUAUCUUUGGACCCAGAAUCCUCAGACGUACUGGCGCCAGCCCAUCGUUUUCGGACCAAUGCCAGGCCCAAGGCAGGACUUUUAUGGCCAGGACCGUGCGGUGAAGUCUUUGAAAUCAACCUUCAAGACAGCAUCGAUCCGCUUCAGGACCAGCCGCACAUUGCUCCAAAACCUGCUGCCGAACGAGUCAUACAGCUUUAGUAGUCCUGGGACGAUAGCCUAUGCAAGCUUCUCACAGACAACGCUGAACGGAAUGGACUGGCUCGGUGGUGGCGGAUACCGCCAUCUGGGACUUUACAUCGAAGGCGUGCAGUACAAGAAAGCCAAUGGGGAGGUCGUCAAGGGCACAUACAUGCCUAUCCUGUUUGAAAACCUGGCCGAUCCUAUUGUCAGUGGCAGGGAGGAACUCGGCAUGCCCAAGCUCUACACAGCCAUCGACGCACAUGAGCGGCGCGACUCCUAUCAUCUUCAGACGAGUUGGCAAGGCGCCGUCUGGGGCCACUUCCAUCUGGAAAGCCUCGAGGAUGUGAACCCAGAAAAUGACCCCGGUGUGAUCGGUGGGGAACCCAGCGAUGGUAUCCUUGUGCACCGUUAUAUUCCCAGAGUGGGUCGCGAUUGCAAGGGAGAAGCGGAGGCUGAGUAUCCGGUCUUCGUACCGCAUGCAGCAGAAUCCAAGGUGGUACCGUCCAAAGUGACGCGAGUGCGCAAGACGACCAAAGCUUCCUUCGAGAUUGAUGCGCUGGGCUGGGAAUCGCUGCCAACCCUGCAGCAUAUCAUUUCGCGACUGGCAGAGAUUCCGGUCGAUCAGAUUCAUCAUUAUCCGGUUGGACUUGCGAUCGAGCUAAGAAGCUUUCCCCGCACCGCAUACCUUUCAAACACAAUGCGCAUCACUGUCAGCGUUAUUCGACCGGACCAGGCCGACUCUGACAUCAUUUCCCUUGAAGUCGGUGGGGAUAUGACGGUCGAGCUUCUCAAGGCUAUCGUGGAGAGCGAAACAUCGAUACCCACAAAUGCUCAGCGACUCGUAUACAACAACCAACUGCUUGGAAAUGACGCACAGACCUUGGAGCAGAUCGGUAUUGGGGAAGGGGACAUGCUAGGCGUUCACAUUACGUUGCGGAGCCCUCAGGCCCCUGCUCGCAGCGUAGGAGGCCCCAGUGCAGCGGCUCCGCAGAACCUUCAGCGGCGACAGGCAACGACUCCCGAUCCCGAGACAAUCCGACUACAUAUUCUGGGUGACCCUCGCGUGCGAGAGGCUGUCCGACGGCAGAACCCCGAGCUGGCAGAUGCCGCCAACGACGCGCAGCGGUUCCGUGAUGUCCUGAUGGCACAACAACGCCGGGAAGCUCAACUGGAAGCAGAAAAGGAGGCACGCAUCGCCAUGCUGAAUGCAGAUCCUUUCAAUCCGGAGAAUCAGAGGGAGAUUGAAGAGAUUAUUCGACAGAAUGCAGUGACCGAAAAUCUUCACACCGCCAUGGAGCAUCAUCCUGAAUCAUUUGGUCGCGUGACCAUGCUGUACAUCCCUGUCGAGGUCAACGGCCACAAGGUCAAUGCGUUUGUCGAUUCCGGAGCGCAGGUCACCAUCAUGUCUCCGGAGUGCGCGACCGCGUGCAACAUAAUGCGACUGGUGGACCGACGAUACGGGGGUAUUGCAAAGGGUGUGGGAACGGCAACCAUUCUGGGUCGGGUACACUCAGCGCAGAUCAAGAUUGGAAGCAUGUUUUUGCCCUGCUCCUUCACCGUCAUGGAAGGGAAACACAUCGAUCUACUUCUCGGGUUGGAUAUGUUGAGGCGACAUCAGGCGUGCAUUGACCUCAAAAAGGGUGCCCUGGUCAUCCAGGACGAAGCAGUGCCGUUCCUCGGUGAGGCCGAUAUUCCCAAGGAGCUGCAGGAAGGCUUUGAGGAUGAGCCGAUCGUCAAGGGUGCUGACGGCGCCGAAGUCGGCGCUCGAACCGGUGCGGUCACACACCAGGCCAGCGGAUCUAGCACAUCAGCGGCUGCUCCGUCAUCGUCGACACCCAGGGUCAAUAUCCGCCCGGCGCCGUCGUCCCGUUGGCCGCAGGAUUCGGUCGCGAAAAUCACUGAGCUCGGAUUCACUCGGGAGGAGGCCAUCCGAGCAUUGGAUGCAGCAAAUGGGGACCUUGAUGGCGCUAUUGGUUUUUUGAUUUGA